AUGUUAUCCACGGAGAUUAUUAAACCUUUCCAAGACUUGAAUGGUGUUCCAGAUAAAAUAGCAAACGACUCAAAAUAUUGGCCAUUUUUUGAGCAACUAUAUCAGAUGAAAAUGGUUUACCUUUCAGAGGACGCAAAGGGAAUAAAACAUGGAAUGUUUUGGCUUCAUGUUCGUUUGAUAGACUUUUCACAUUUGUCAAUAUGGAGUCAUAGUUUGUUUGAACCAAAAUUUAUGUUUCCACAUCCACCUCCAGGAAAAUACUAUUUGGUCGAUUUCGGAUAUCCUAACACUCUUGGAUACCUCAGUCCAAUAAAACAUGAUGAUAUUAGAUAUCAUAUGCCUCAGUUUCGUGUUGGUCCACCUCCUACAGGGAUGCUUGAAGAUUUUAAUUACAGACACUCGUCCUUGCGUACGACAAUUGAGAGAUGCUUUGGAAUGCUAAAAAAUCAAUGGAAGAUAUUGAAAAAUAUGCCUAGUAUGGAGAUCAAAUAUCAGUUGGCUAUUAUGGUGUCAACAUUUACGCUUCAUAAUUUUAUUCGCCUACAUCAAUUAGGUAUCCAAAUAUCAAGUUGGGUUAACAUUGAACCAAGAAGUGAUACCAGCAUGUUUAACACAGAGCGCAAGAAUAAAAUGGAUAGAAUCCAACUAAAUAUAGCCAACGAUAUUUGGGCAUCAAUUCAAAGAGAAGCAGAAACAUCUGGCGGACCCAGGAAUUUCAAUUUGGGGGGGCAAAAUCCGAACGUCACGUCGUUCGAAUAA